AGCACAAUCGUGUUUUAGUGUCGCUAAAUUCUGCUGCUUCGAAAUGUCAAAACAAAUACAUAACCUGAAAGUCGCAUAAGCUCAAAGCGCAAGUACCUCGGUGCGGAUAUAGUUGAACCGAUGUUUGAAACGUUACAAUGUUUAUCGUGACGAAAGAAAUCGACAGCGAAAAUAUUAGUAAAUUGUGCCGUACGUGUUUGAGAGAGGAUGGCGACAAAAUGAUUUGUUUGUUCGUGGGACCGGCUGGCUCUUCUCUUGCUGCAAAAUUGCGAUCUUUGUCGUGUUUAGACGUUUGGCAAGGCGAUGGCCUUCCGGAAAAGAUGUGCGAUCGUUGUGUUACCAGAGCCGAGUCUGCUCUGCUCUAUAGGGAACAGUGUCGGGCCGCUGACAGAGCAUUGAGACAAGCCGCGCUAAAGGUUUCUGGUUUAGCCGCAUAUGCUGCAGUAUCUGGAUGCAAACUGUACCAGCAGAACCAAAGCUUCCAGCCAGUUUCAGUUCCGGUACCAGUUCCAGUCUCCAACACUCACAAAGCGUUGAAGUGUAUUGAAUGUGGUAUCCCAUGUGCGAGUUACCAAGAACUCUGCACGCACAGUAGAUCGCAUUUACCAUUUAUACAAGAGAAUAUCCCCGUGCAGCGAAUGCGCGUAGCAGAAACUCAAAAUUCUUACCUCAACUUUAAUUUUAGCCAUUUCAGUUCGAAUCUGACCGGAGAAGCAAUGUCGAACCCGCCGCUAUCCCCUUUGAUUAGAUCGAACAUGAUCCAACAAAUGAUCCCAACGAAUGGCGAGAAUUCUAGUCGCGCCGCUUGCGCGUUGCAUUGUUCUCUGUGCAAUCACACGUUCACGAACAGGAUGCAGUUGAUGAGCCAUAAUAUCGCCCAUAGCACAGAGAAUAUAGAUAUGUCUUGCGACAACGAGAACAUAGAUAUCUGCGAGAACUCGAAUCAAAUUCCUCAGAACUUGAGCUAUGAAAGAUCCAUCAACUCCGUCGAAAACUCCAUCGAGAACUUGUCGUACGAAAAGUCUGGGACAAACGGAACCAGCCAGGUGCAAGUGCACAGUGUCGGUUUUCCCGAGAACAUGGAUCUGGAGGAAAUUCAUGCGUCGCAGGGAAGCUCCGAGCGACUUGGAAACACGUCGAUGCAUCAUUCUGGGAAUGACAUGCUCGACACCCGUGCUUUGAGGUUCACCAAAGACCUCGAGCGUGCCGACAACAAGGAAAACAUCGGUGGCUACGAAAUGUGCUCCAGCGAUUUGAAUUACAAGGAACACGUCAUUCAGGAACGCGUUGAACAGGCCAGCUCAGAAACAAAGAAGUACAAAUGCGAGGCGUGCUCGAAAUUGUUCUCUCAGAAAUCGAAACUACAGACUCAUCGGCUGUCGCACUCUGGUCAGCAACCCUUCAAAUGUCAGAGCUGCGACAAGGCGUACUCGAGCAAAAGCAAAUUGAACGCUCACGUUCGACUGCACACUAAGACCAACGUGCACAAGUGCAAAAUGUGCGAAAAAAUAUUUGCAUAUCCCUCGUACCUGCGGGACCAUUUGAAAACCCACGAGCAGAUGUCUGUCAAAGCAACAACGACGGUAACCGCGACCACGACUGCAACCAUGACCACGACGGCAAUGACCAUUACCGCCGACCAGAGGAAAAUAUUCGAAUGCGCGGCUUGUCGGAAAAAAUUUCGCAUGCUGAAGAAUUUAAGGGCCCACGAAAGGUUGCACACCGGCAAGGGUUUGGUGCAAUGCGAGAUAUGUGACAAGAGGUUCAGUCAACGGUACAACUUGAAGAUUCAUCUGCGAACGCACAAGGCGACGAGAGCGCACAAGUGCGAGUACUGCGGCAAGAGUUUCGUGCAGAAGGGCAAUCUCGUCGAGCAUCUGAGAAUUCAUACCAAAGUAAAGCCUUUCGAGUGCAACACCUGCGGGAAACGCUUCUCUCAGUCGAGUCACUUGAAGAAUCACGCGGCUUCGCACGCAUCUCUGAGGCAGCAUCAAUGUCGGUUGUGCGGAAAGCGAUUUAAGCUGAUCAAUCACUUGAAAAGACAUUUGAAUUUGCACAACGGUACCAAAACGUACAAAUGUCAUCGUUGCAAUCAGCUGUUUUCACAGGCAUUUAGCCUAACGAGGCACUUGAAGAGACACGAGUCGCACGAAUCACAUACCUAACGCGCACGCGUAAAAUUUUUGUAUUUAUUAUUAAAUUUAUAUUUCACGUGUACAUAUGUA